UCAUAUUCAAUAGUCUUGCUCACUUUUAUAAAUUGGAAGGACUAUAAUCUAAAUAUUUUUAAGGCUCCCCAAUUUCGUACUACUGUCAAAACUAAUCUAAUGGCAAGAACUAAUUAUAGAAAUCAAUUUAUUUGGAAAGUUAAAGAUGAAAAUUAACCAACAGCUGAUGAUAUUAAGUAAAAAUAAUUUCAGUAUAAAUAUUAUAAUAUCUAAUAGUUAAACUAUAACCAAAAUAUUUCCUAAUCAAUAACGUUCUGUUUAUUAGGAAUCUUUUGUUUAUAAAAAUCAAAAACCAAUUAGGGUAUUCGUGAAGCCUGAAGAGAUUUAAACUUGUAAUGCGUAUUAGGGUUAGUUUCUAACUACUAAAUAGAUGGAUUAUGAGGGUAAAUAACAUACAGUCAAAGAAAUCUUAUAAAAACCAUGGAAAGGAAGAUUGAUAAAAAAAUUAUAAAAUAUUUUAUGA